UGCGCCCUGGAGGACGGGCUGCGGUCCAGUCAGGCGGAAGAGCCUGACGGCGAGCAGGUGAAGCGCGUGCCUGGAGACCGGAUGUCUAUUCAGACAUUACAGAAUCCAUUUCCCCUGUCGUGUCCCACUCCUCCGCUGACGGCCGGGUCAGGGAAAUCCGAAUCAGGCGUGCCUCUGCACCUCUGCCAAAGUCCUAGCAAAGUCCUCAGGGCAGGCAGGAGAUCAGAAAGUGACUUCAGCAAGAUAUGUUUAGACUUUGCCUGACUCAGAGAAUGCCAGAAAGCAGAUCCUUUAUAUAGACCAUGGGGUGUGGCUCCAUGACUCAGUACUUAUCCAGGCCUGCCCCUCCCUUCCUUUUGCUGACGUCGCCUAUCAAUUCUCUGGAAGCGAGGAUCUCUCCAGGCUCUAGCUGUUGGCAAUUCACAUUCCUCAGGCUCACAUGCUGUGGGGGAGGGGGAAGGGUCUAGUUGCUCCGUUUGCCUGGGCAUGGAGCCAGAGCUGGGGGCUGGAGGUAUUUCUUCUUCUUCAGUCUGUCUGGGCAUGGAGCCAGGGCUGGGGGCUGGAGGUAUUUCUUCUUCCGUGUUCGGAAGCAGAUAAGAAGACCCCGGCUGAGGUGAGAUUGGACGAGACACAACAUCCCCAAAUGAGGUUUCUCCAAAUGAAAAGUUUGAGACCAAGAUGAAACAUGGCUGCUCCUUCCUCAGCUCCUCCACCGUCUUAUGAAGAAUCGGCCGGUACCAGUAAUCCAGCUCCAUAUUCCUACUCACCUGCAGGGGGAAUUCCUGCAAAGGGGGCAUCAGCCCCUUACUCAGCCCAGACCCAGCCUCCAUUCCCACCCCAGCCCUAUGGCAUGCAACCCCAGGCAAACCCAGCGAUCCCUCCAGUGCCCCUCCACACCGUUUACAUCCCGGGGCCACUCAUUUUCCUGGACCAGCCCAUGCAGAUCUGCUGUCCUGCCUGCAACCAGAUGAUUGUGACCCGGAUCUCCUACAACCCUGGAGCUCUGACCUGGCUCUCCUGUGGCGGCCUUGCCUUGGUGGGAUGCUGGCUGGGCUGCUGCCUGAUCCCCUUCUGCGUGGACGCCAUGCAGGACGUCCAGCACUUCUGCCCCUGCUGCAACGCCUUCCUGGGUGUUCACAAGCGCCUCUGAGCUGAUCUGGGCCCCAAUGUCAGGAAGGCCCCCUUUCAUACAGCACCCCCCAAGUCCUCCUGGGCCUGUCCAGCCUCUCUUCAAGACUAGACCAUUGGAGCAACGCAGACCACCUCUCCAGCCGCUCUCCCAAACUUCAGCCUGCCACAGUCCGCACUGCCCAUGGGAUGAGCGGGUCCUGGCUUCUUGCAAAGGAGUGAAAGGACCACGCGGAGACUGCCACCCCCCCUCUGUGCCGGGCCUCCUCUGCAGGGAGAGUUUGCGGCACAACCUACAAGGACGGAAGAAAGGCCACUUUCAGUAUUUGUCCCAUGCCGUGCAGGACUCUAGCUGGUUCUCCCCUUUUCCCUCAUGGCACCUGCCUAGUAACAGAGCCACUGAGGUGGGCAGAAGCGCCUGCUGUGAUGCCGAGGCUGGGCACUCCCCCGAUCUGAGGGUUCCCAAUUUAGGGAGCAUAGACCCCUCGGCCUCAGCCCUCUCCCCCAGCCCAACGGGGGAAAGAGAGGCCCUGUGGCUGCCUUGGAAAGCGGAGCGGUGCUGGCAAGCUCUGCACGUGGGGGCCGAAGGUGGCUUCCUGCCCCCAGGAAGAAGGGCCUUUUGCUCUGCGGAUUAUGGGGGACAGAGCAGCUAGAGAGGGAGGCGAAUCUUUGGAGCACUUUAAAGAUGUUGGCUCUGCAAGUCCAACUUUAUUCUGAUUUGCUUCCAAACUUAGUCCUGACUUUUUCAGCUUUUGAAAUAAAACCGUCUUGCAAACAGGAA